AUGUGGUUCAGAUUGAUCCCACGGCGCCUGGAUUGGCAGGGCAAGGAGCACCGCAGAAGCUUUGAGGAUCUGGUGGCAGCCAACGCUCACAUUCCUCCAGAUUACCUUCUCAAAAUCUGUGAGCGGCUUGGACCGCUCUUGGACAAGGAGAUUCCGCAGAGCGUACUUGGGGUGCAGACCUUACUGGGUGUAGGACGUCAGUCCUUGCUGAGGGCAGCCAAAGAUUGUAGGCACACAGCAUGGAAGGGAUCGGCGUUUGCUGCGCUCCACAGAGGCAGGCCUCCCGAACUACCUGUAAACUAUGGGAAGCCACCAAAUGUGGUAAAUAUAAUCUGUGCCAGGCCAUUAACAGGAUAUGGACGUUUCAGCCAUUUGUUCCCAUCCUCCUUCUAUCAGCACAUCAAGAUGCACAAGAGGAUUCUGGGGCAUUUAUCCUCUGUAUAUUGUGUAGCAUUUGAUCGCAGUGGGAGACGAAUUUUCACAGGCUCAGAUGAUUGCUUGGUGAAAAUUUGGGCUACAGAUAACGGACGUUUGCUCGCGACUCUCCGAGGACAUUCGGCUGAAAUUUCCGACAUGGCUGUUAGUUAUGAGAACACCCUCCUUGCUGCAGGGAGCUGCGACAAGGUAGUCAGAGUCUGGUGUCUUCGGACUUGUGCACCCGUGGCCGUGCUGCUGGGCCACUCGGCUUCCAUUACUUCCAUACAGUUUUCGCCAGCAAGAAAAGGAACAACUCGAUACCUCACCUCUACAGGUGCUGAUGGGACGAUCUGCUUCUGGCAGUGGCAUUUAAAUACAAUGAAAUUUAAGGAUCGGCCCAUCAAAUUUGCUGAGAGGUCAAGACCUGGUGUUCAGAUAUCAUGUUCAUCUUUCAGCUCUGGUGGCAUGUUCAUUGCAACAGGAAGCACUGACCAUGUGAUUAGAAUAUAUUACUUGGGCUCUGAAUCGCCAGAGAAAAUAGCUCAGUUGGAAUCUCAUACGGACAAAGUCGUUGCGGUUCAGUUCUGCAACAAUGGAGACAGAUUAAGGUUUGUCAGCGGAAGCAGAGACGGAACGGCUAGAAUAUGGCAGUACCAGCAGCAAGAAUGGAAGAAUGUUGUGUUAGAUAUGUCUACCAAGAUAACUGGGAACUGCCUACCGUCUGGAGAGGACAAAGUGUCCAAGCUCAAAGUAACCAUGGUGGCGUGGGAUCGAUACGAUACUACCGUGAUCACGGCGGUGAACAACUUUCUCUUGAAAGUGUGGAACUCUUCCACAGGGCAGCUUCUUCACAAUUUAUCUGGGCAUGACGACGAGGUGUUUGUUUUGGAAGCCCACCCGUUUGACCAAAGGAUUAUGCUUUCUGCAGGCCACGAUGGGAACAUUUUCAUUUGGGACCUUGAGAAAGGGGCAAAAAUCCGGAACUACUUCAACAUGAUUGAGGGCCAAGGCCACGGUGCCGUAUUUGACUGCAAAUUCUCUCCCGAUGGUCAGCAUUUUGCCUGUACGGAUUCACACGGACACCUCCUGUUGUUCGGCUUUGGGUGCAAUAAAUCUUACGAAAGGAUUCCGGACCAGAUGUUCUUCCACACCGACUACCGCCCCCUCAUCCGCGAUGCCAAUAACUAUGUGCUCGAUGAACAAACGCAACAGGCCCCCCAUCUCAUGCCUCCCCCUUUCUUAGUAGACGUGGAUGGAAAUCCUCACCCCACAAGAUAUCAAAGACUGGUGCCAGGAAGGGAAAACUGUAAAGACGAACAGCUCAUUCCUCAGCUGGGAUAUGUGGCCAACGGCGACGGAGAGGUUGUGGAGCAAGUGAUUGGGCAGCAAACCAACGAGCAGGAGGAGAGUAUCCUUGAUGGGAUGAUUCGGGAACUGCAACGAGAGCAAGAUCUGCGGAGACAGAAUGAAGGCGGGGCUCGUCCAAACCCCCUGCAGAACAGACUGCAAUCUGUUAACAUAGCCUUGAGGAGCCCGAGCUUGGAAAUCGCUUCCCCUCCCAACGUCGGGCUCAGACGCAGCGGUCAGAUCGAAGGCGUCCGGCAGAUGCAUCACAACGCCCCCAGGAGCCAGAUGGCCACCGAGAGAGAUCUCAUGGCGUGGAGCAGGAGAGUGGUCGUAAAUGAGCUGCAUCCUGGUAUUAGCAGAGUUCAGGAAGAGUGCCGGGCUGCCAAAGGUGACUUAGAAAUUCAUCUGUACACUGUUGAAAAGAAAAGAAAACCUUCCCAUACUUUACAAAGGGAAGAUGACACCGUUGGGACAAGCGAUGCGUCCGUGGACGACAAUGUGGCUGUAUGGCAAAGCGAAAGCAGCUCCAGCGAAUCGUCCAGCGAAUAUUCCGACUGGACCGCGGAUGCCGGAAUUAACCUUCAGCCCCCCAAAAGGCAGACGAGGCAGGCGGCGCGCAAGAUCUGUAGCAGCUCCGAAGACGAAAAUGCAAAAGAGACCAAAGGGCAGGAAGAGAAACGCAAGAAGCCCAAACAGACCCGGAAAAAGAAACCUAAUGGACGGCUUUCAAUGGAUGGUGAACCCACUGAGGAAUGGUUUGCACCCCACUGGAUACUGGAUACCAUACCCCGGCGCUCCCCUUUUGUCCCACAAAUGGGAGAUGAGGUAAUAUAUUUCAGGCAAGGGCAUGAAGCUUACGUGCGUGCCGUGAGGAAGGCGAAAAUCUACAGCGUUAACAUGCAGAAGCAACCGUGGAAUAGGAUGGAACUCAGGGAACAAGAAUUUGUGAAGAUUGUGGGGAUUAAGUACGAAGUUGGACCGCCUACACUUUGUUGCUUGAAGCUUGCUUUUCUUGAUCCAAUCUCAGGCAAAAUGACUGGUGAAUCAUUUUCCAUCAAGUACCAUGAUAUGCCAGAUGUUAUUGAUUUCCUUGUAUUACAUCAGUUUUACAAUGAAGCCAAAGAAAGGAACUGGCAGAUUGGGGACAGGUUUCGCAGCAUCAUCGAUGAUGCCUGGUGGUUUGGAAGCGUAGAGAGUCAGCAGCCGUUCCAGUCCGAAUAUCCCGAUAGUUCCUUCCAGUGCUACAGCGUCCACUGGGACAAUAAUGAGAGAGAGAAAAUGAGCCCCUGGGACAUGGAGCCGAUUCCGGAAGGAACAGCAUAUCCAGAGGAGGUUGGCGCCGGUGUUCCUGUUACCACCGAGGAGCUGGCAUCCCUGCUAUACAAGCCACAGGAAGGGGAAUGGGGGUCCCAUUCCCGAGACGAAGAGUGCGUGCGAGUUCUCCGGGGCAUCGAUCAGCUGCUCUCCUUAGAUAUUUCAAACCCAUUUGCUGUCCCAGUCGACCUUAGUGCCUAUCCUUUGUAUUGCACUGUUGUUGCUUAUCCAACGGACCUCACUACAAUAAGGAGAAGACUUGAAAACCGAUUUUACAGGAGAAUAUCCGCACUCAUGUGGGAGGUACGAUACAUCGAACACAACGCCAGGACUUUCAAUGAGCCCGAUAGUCCGAUUGUGAAGGCGGCCAAGAUUGUCACAGAUGUUUUGCUUCACUACAUUGGGGAUCAGAGCUGUAUGGAUAUUUUGGAGACCUAUAACAAAGUGAAAGCGGAAGACUUGAGCAGCACAGAGGAUGAAGAGGAGGUGGCAGAAGUAUACGCAGAUUCAGAUGGCCCAGGAACCUCAUCUGGAAAAAGAAGUGUAAAGCAUCAGGUGAAACGUCAGCUCUCCAAAGGAAGUGCAGAGGCCUGGAAAGAACAGUGCAAGCAGUUAUUAAGCCUGAUCUACGAACGUGAAGACUCCGAGCCCUUCCGACAACCCGUGGAUCUCUUUUCUUACCCCGAUUACCGAGACAUUGUGGACACGCCGAUGGACUUCAGCACUGUGAAGGAAACUCUAGAAGCGGGUAAUUACACAAAUCCCCUCGAAUUCUACAAAGAUGUCCGCUUGAUAUUCUGCAACUCCAAAGCGUACACACCUAAUAAAAAAUCAAGGAUCUACAGCAUGACACUCCGCUUAUCUGCCUUAUUUGAAAAUCACAUUAAAACCAUUAUUUCUGAGUACAAGUCGGCUGUGCAGUGUCAGAAGAGGCGGCGGUCACGGCCGCGGUACCGGAAACAACUCCGGAGUAGCAGCAGCUCUUCCUCCAGCAGCCGGCCAUCCAGCCCCAAAAGAAAACAAAAGCCGCUGAAGAUGCCGCCUAAAACAAACUCGAAUACCUCAUUGCCUUUAACUAGGACUAAUUCUUCAGUUUCAUCUCACGCCGGUGAACUCCUGUUUCCAGUUUCAGAUACUACUGAGGAACCGCACGGCUCAGCCACUGCAGAAGAGAUGGAAAGUCACCCGUCUUCCUCUGGCUCAAAUGUCCAGAAUCGGAAUGGAAAUGAUGUCGAACCUGGGAAAAAUAGGAUAGUCAGAAAUAAAGCCACACCGUUCAAGCAAGAUCAGCCUUCAGAUAAACCCCUGACAAACGGUGAUGGGAGAGAGCCCCGUGCGGCCAUCAAGCGAAAGCUGUCCAGUGCAUCGGAAGAUGAUGAACACACCGAUGAGGAAGAGGAGAAAAGAGAACAGAAAGAGAAGCCAAGGGUAUCCUCCUCAGAGAGUGGGGAUUCUCACUCAGGCUCCAGCUCUGAAAGCAGAGGUGGUUCCGAUUCGGACUCCGAGUCGAACUCAAGAACGGAUCAGGACUACAUCGAUGGCGACCAUGACUACAGCAAAGCUGCCCCAGUGAACCUGAGGAAGAAGCUUCGAAGGCGCCUCUCCAACGGACCGCGGAACUGGCAGGGUAGGGGAACGUCAAGGCGAGGCCGAUGGGGACGCUGGGGGAGGUGGAGCCGAGGCGGGCGGGGCGGCCGAGGAGGAAGAGGCUGCCCCCGAGGAAGAAGAGGCGGCCGGGGAGGAAGAAGAGGCCGAGGGAGGGGAGCCUCCAGAGCCAAGCGCCCGCGGAUCGCCGAUGACGAAUUUGAGAACCUUUUCGGCGGCCGCUUCAACGAGAACACGUUCGGCGGGCGAUUUAGUCGGCCGCCCCGGAUAAAAACUAGGAACGAGGGCAGGCGGACCGUUUUGUAUAACGACGAUUCAGACAAUGACACUUUUGUGCACACGGAGGAUCCCCUGAAUCUUGGUACUUCCCGGUCGGGCAGGGUACGGAAAAUGACCGAAAAGGCCAGAGUCAGCCACCUCAUGGGAUGGAACUAUUGACGAAAGGGGUAGCGACCGAACUGAACGAUGGUGUUAGGACUUCAAAGGUUUUUCUACUGCAGGGAUUUUUUGCCAGAAAAAAAAAUCUACUAAGCAAACUGUGGGGGGGGGGGGGAGGGACUCCACUCACAUCUUUCUGUGGUGCUUUUCCAUUUUUUUGCCCAUCUGGAUUUGUGUGUGUGUGUGUAUGUGUGUGUGUUCAAAGACUUCUGAUUGCCACCCAUUUUUGGUCAGAAGAAGCCUUACCCACAAUUUCUGUCAUCUGCAGGUGUGCGUCCCACACCUACACCUUGAGUUGGUCACAGGAAUGUGGCAUUUGAAUCAUGCUUUACGAAGUCUUUCAUGGGUUUUGUGUGCAUUAUAGGAACAGCACCUUUUUACAGAGUUUUUUAAGGCAGCGUUGGCCAUGAAUUCCUUACAUACCAUAAUAACUUUUGCACAACACACCGAUCCUAACGGCAGCUAUAAAAUGUUUACAGUUUCUCGAUUGUGUGCAGGAUCUGGAUUAUGUUGAUCUUCCCAGGCCAAACUUUUAUGAAUUUGUGACAAGUGGAAGCUUUCCAUAUUUAGAGUAUCCUGAUAUGCUUUCCCCACUUGGUUCUUAAUUCAUAAUUUUUUUAAAAAAAGAGAGAGGAGAGGAUUGGUGCCUUGUAAAUAUGUAGCAAACAUUUAAUGUGAGAUGUAUUAACGUUAUUGUAAAAAGAAUACUUGAGACCUACAGAUACCCAAACACACAGGUGCCAAAUGCAAAGGUUUUCUUCUCCUUUGCUUUCUGCCAUCCUCAUGUUUUUUUAACAUUGAUCAACACCUUUUCCCCAAAAAAUAUUUCCCUUCUAGUUCAGACUUGCAAAUAAUACUAACUGUACAGGGGGGAAAAGAUAUAUAUUGAUUUUUUCAGUAACAAGGCUGCAGUAGGUUAAAGGGCAGGAGUGAAAUCUCUCAAUAAGCUCCAAAAUAACUAUUUGUUGGCUUAACAAUUGACAAUCGUAUGUUUUUUGCAGAUUAGCUGGUUCGGAUAGUGAGCAGACUGUGCACACAUUCUAUCUCUGUUCUGACCCUUAAAAUUUCAACAGAUAAUGUCAAUACCAUUAUACUGUUGGCAUCUCCUGUGUGUGUGUGUGUGUGUGUGUGUGUGUCUGUGUGUGUGUGUGUGUGUGUGUGUGUGUGUUGUGCAUUCAACAGUCAUAACAUCUCAAGCUUUUUGGAAAGAAGACAUAUGCUCUCAUCCAGAGAGUGGUAGUUGGUAUGGGUGCUCCAGUACAUGGUGCUGAACCUCCCAGGUGCACCUCCAUUCCCCAGCUGGGCCACUGAGCUUUGCUGACUGGCUUCCUCCAUUGAACAGAGGGUUUGACGCACUUAUGAGUUUCUAGAUUGGAGUGGUAGCACGCGGUUGGAUAUUGAGAACAAAAAAAGCAUCACAUAGGGCUCUCGUAGUUUUUAUCACUACAUGAAGAUCUGUCACACAAUAAGGGAAAUCUCAAAACAGAAAAGCGUUUUCUUGCUUCUCAUGGCUGAGCUUUGAUUACAUUCUGAAUUGUACGAUUUUUUUUCCCUCUUAAAAUUGGGUGGGUUUUUUCUUUCUUUCUUUCUUUGGUUGCUUGUUUGCAAUUCACGGUAUGAAAUAUUGCAUAGGAGGUUUGAGGGAAUGAAGGGGGAAAGCCCAAAAGCCAAAAUUAAUUCAUCGGAGAAAUCACGUAUGAGUUUAUUUUCCUACUCUGCCCCAUAAACUUAUUUUCCACUUGGUCAGUAAGGUGGACAAACAUCCGCGAAAUGAAGUAGGCUCUUUAUUUAUGGUGUGCCAUUAAGAUGUACACACACGGCUUUGGUUCCAGAACUAAAAACAUUAAAAUCUGUCAAGGAAGGACAUGUGGCAGAUUGCUAAGGGUUGUCAAGGCCAAAAAAUGACAAAUGGCAUUGGUGAAUAAUAUACUGUAGAGUCGAGCAUUCAUGUACAGUUUAUUCAUAGAUGAAAUUCAGAGAGUCAUGUUUGCCGCACAUUGGCCAUGAUUUAGAGAGACGUUCUUCCCAUGGAAGGCCUGAGGGACUCAUGGAGCCUUCUCUGUCCCAACACGUACCAACACUUGGACCCACGCACGUAUGGAUUAGAAGGGUUUCUUGAAAUUAGUAGAACUGUCUUCGGAUGCAGGAAUCUCUGUAUUUGUGACCCUAAAAUGCUCUCGCUUGAGAUCAGAGUCAAGGAGUCUUCCAUUUCAAACGCCAGGUGUGCAUUUUAAAAGAGAGCAUCUUCUCUAGAUUCUCCCACCUGCUCCACCACGGCCAAAGAACAUAUGGUGCUUUCACUUCCAUGGUAUAAUCCACACAUAAGUAGUAUGGAGGCAAUUGGUGUUACUUUAGUGAUCUAAGGCCAUAUAAUGUUUGUCUGCCUGCUUUUUCCCGUUAUUGAAGUGUUAGUUGUUGCUUCAACAUGAGAAAUCUUUCCUUGGUGGUGGUGGGACCCAAAACUAUUACAUUUGUCUUAGUAACAGUUAAUUUAGAAUAUGGGUGGAAGAUUUACAGUGCUGCCUCUUAAAACAUAAUCUGAUACCUCAGCAAUCCAAGGCCUGAACCUAGUAAGCACCCUAUAUGUUUUUGGCGAUGCCAGUAUUAUCCCCUUGUAGGGCCAGAUUCAUUGCAAUUGGAUUUUGUGUUUAAGAUGAAUCAAUAACACACAUUUAGCCACUUCUGCAGAUUAAUUUUGUCUGUUUUCGGGGCAUUCAAGGUAUGACCAAGGAAAUUCCCAGUCUUAAAAAGAUUGAGCUGUGGGGGAGGAGAGAUGUAAACCAAGUUACUGUCCAGUGUACUCCCAUCCCCAUUUGUUGGCUUAACAAUUGACAGUGGGUCUCCUCUCUUUUGCUUCUCAGUUUAAUCUUUCCGUGACAUCUCUUCCCUUCUGUGCUUGAAUGCUUAAUGUCCUAAUCCCGUUGAAUCUUCCAUUUUGGUUUACUCCUUGAUUUCUGAACGCUGCUCCAAUCAUUCUCGGCCGGUUUUGUUCCAAUCUCUGCAGCUUCCUAGUCUUGUUAUUUUCUCCCACCCCAAAGCCUUGUGUUCUUGUUCUUGCUCUGCGAAGUUGUAGGCACCCUAAUAUUAAUACGGAAUGGUUCUCACUGGCAAUAAGCUAAUGACUCCAUUCCAUUGAUACCAAAUUCUUUCUACCAAUUGGUAGAAAGAAAACUGUAUUGGGUUUCAUUAGAGUUUGGCAAAUUUUAUGGCGUUCUCCCAGGAGGCCGGGGGAUCCAUCAUGAAUCUGGCUGAAAUGGGAAAUGUAAUGGUUCCAUUCCAUCUGAAUAUCCCAUCUUGCUUGGGGGUGACUCUCUCCACUCAUGGUGCUUCUGCCAUUUUGAGGCUCUAGGCUGCUUAUGCAAUUUGGCCCAUGUAUUUUGAGAAUGGUCUCUUUAAAAGGACAGGGUGGGAACCAGUAUAGUAUCACUAGAAAUUCAACAGGCCAUGGUCAAGAUGCAGGGCUUAUCCACCUGCUUAGAUGAUAAUUUAGCAUUUUGCAAUCUUUACAUGGCAAGUGAAUCUUGAGCUACUGUCAAAAAUCAUCCAAAGUGUGGCAGAGCAUCUUAAAUAUCAGACCAAAUCAGACUAAUUGCGCUCCCCCUCCCAUGUGCCACCCAAAAGUUUUCCCAUCAAGACACAAAGAAGCUGGGACAUUUUUUGCAUGCAUUCAUAAGACCCAUGACAGGUUUUCUCUGUUCCUUAGUGUCAUCCAGCACGGAUCUCCUCCCCAUGGGAAAUUAUAACAUUUUGGGUCGUUCGUAGGAACUAAACCUUCCGUUCUUCUUAAGAUGUAAACAAACCACCUGAACUUCUUGUUCUUUCUCUGUGCCCAAGUAGUUUUGAAUCUUAAAAUAGCAAUAGUUGCUGAGGAUCAAAGACCAAAAUGGUUCUAGCUGUUUCAUGGCAGGAACACAUCUGCCUGCCACAUCCUACAGGCUGUUGUUUGGCAACCUUUAAAACCUUGGUUCCAGGUCAUCUCUCAGUAUUAAUCCAAAUCAUGCAGAGGUGGGGCUUUUUUUUAAUGUACUCAUAAUAAAAUUGAGGAAUUUUGGUCAUAUUUGGGGACAAAAAGGGAGGGACUGGCAGAGGAAUAAUUCACCAGCUUUAUCUUCCAACUGCUUCCACUCGGUGUUUAUUGCCAUGUUAAUGCUUCUAAAGUUACGUGCAAUGAUUUCGUAACAGAUACUAUAAAAUGUCUCGAGGACUUGAUUUUUUGUAAAAACAACUAAGUAUUUAUUGGUGAAAGAGCCUCUGUUCAACAUCUGGAUGAUCAAAUAGAAUCUCUAGGAGAUUCAUAAGAGUUCUUGAGAGGUAUGUAUUGUAUGCGGCUGUGCAUUUAUAAGAGGUAGCUUUUCACAUAUUACUCCUCCGAAAUGUUUAUACUUCUUGGGGAAAAGGAUUUUAGAACGGUGAUCGCUGUCUGCAAUUUUUUAAGAAGUUACUUUUUUAAAAAAUAGGAGAUCAUUAAGGUACAAAAAGAAAACACUUGAAUAAAUAUGUUUAAUAUA